UCUGUGUAAUUCAGGGUGUUGGCGUCUUUUUAGUAGUUUCUUCACCAUUAUCGGUCUCGUUGAUCUCUCUCUCUCUCUCUCUCUCCUUUGUCAAUUACGCCAUAAUUAUCCAGUAACAUUCAAUUCAAGACUAUACGCAUUUCACGUGGGCCCCUUAAAUUUCUUUGCACCAGUUCUAUCGUCUUCCUCCUUCCCCUUCUGUUACAGAAUACUCCUCCUUCGCGCUCUCUUCGGUAGAGUUGGGGUCGCUCGUUUCAUCUUCAGGCACAUAUGUAACAGCCAUCCUCCAACCUCUCCAGACGAUACCGUCUUUUUGAAGGAUUCGUCGCCUGCAUGCACACAUUGGUCGCUUUCAUCUUUCUUCGGAGACAAGAGAGAAAUCGAAGGGGAAGAAGUAUUUCGACGCCCACCUCAGAGGAGGCCGCGUAACAUGUUGAAAGGAAUCAAGAAUCGGAAAGGUGGCUGGGAUUCCCUGGAUGACCCCGCGUGCAACGUGCAGCGUUUCUCCGACAAGUUUGACGAGAUUUACGGCUCCGACGAGUUUCGCAUGUACGCGUACAAAGUGAAGCGCUGUCCCCGGACGCGAAGCCACGACUGGACGGAGUGCCCCUACGCCCACCGCGGCGAGAAGGCUCAGCGUCGCGACCCCCGCAAAGUCAGCUACGCCGCCGUCGCCUGUCCCGCCUUCCGCGUGGGCACCUGCCUCAAGGGCGGCUCUUGCGAGCUCGCCCACGGGGUCUUCGAGUACUGGCUCCAUCCCGCCCGGUACCGCACGCGAGCGUGCAACGCCGGCGAGUUCUGCCAGCGCAAGGUCUGCUUCUUCGCCCACUCGCCCGACCAGCUCCGCCCCGAGACCAAGUACAAGUGCACCCGCGCGCACCGGACGCGCGUGGCGGAGAUGGACGGAUCGCGGAGUGCCACGCCGGCGAGGACGCCCCGGUCGGCCAGAGGAAACGUGGGGUCUGAAGUGGACGUGGGUGAUGGAGUGUCGGAUCUUUUGAGGAGCCUGAAGAGAUUGAGCAUAAGAGGCGGCGACGACGAGGACGGCGAUGGUGAAUCGGAAAAAGCGAAAUCUGGGUGGGAUGCCUCGGUUUUGGAUUUAUCACAUCUUGGUUGGAUCUCCGAUUUAGUGGAUAAUUAGUUAAGUUUUAAGAAGAUUAGAUUAAACCUGUGACGAAGAACGUAAUCUUCUGAUUUGAGAAGUGGAAACUUAUUGAUAUAGGCUGUAGUCUGGAGAAGUCCUAGGUUGUUCAGAUUUCCAUGUACGAGUCAAUCGCGCCCCUUUUAAUUUCGUUCUAUCUUUGUAUGGAAACAGUUAGUCAGGCCGAGAAAUUUGAU